UGCUUCAUAGGAGGAAGUCUGAAGUUGGAAGGCAUUAACAUCAUGAUUUGUGUCAUGGAUACUUGAUACUGAAGUUGACCUGAUCAAUACAGAAAGUUUUCUCCGAGAUAGAAGUGUCCAGAUAAUUAUAACUGGCAUCACCUUACAAGGUGUUUUGCUACUCUUGCUGUCUUACAGGUUCCUUUUAGGAUUAAUGGAAUUAGUAAUACAAACUCAAUUUGAUCAGAACCUCUUCUUGCUAUAUGACAUCUCCUUGCUGGAGUUUCUAAAGCUCACCCAUAGACGAAGCAAUAUUGUUUGGUUAUAAGUUGCUUGCUAAGCAGUUGUGUAACCAUAAAUCCUUCUAUGAAAAACCGUGUAGGUUGUGUAUAUCAGAUCUCUGGUAUAAUUCGUGUGUUGUUGUAUUGUUUUAGUCUGUAUACUUGGACAGUAUGUUCUACAACAAUAGGAGGAAUACAUCAAGUGUUGAGCAAUUGAUUUGGUCAUCACUCACUGGUUGUCUUGGUCUUUUAGUGUAUUCUUGAGUUGUCUUGAUCUUUUAGUGUAUUCUUGGCCUGAGUAACCUGUGCAAACGGCAAAGAAGAGUAAAAUACUCCAAUUUUUCUGGAUUGCUCAUAGCUUGACUUGACACAGUCAAGUGCCACUCUUCUGGAGAAGAAACUAUGAUACACUUGGCUGCUAAUAGACACAGUCGUUAGCAAUUUGUAUUGUCACAACAGUCUCUUUUUCUCCUGCUUUGUCUGUGGUUAAUAGAUUGUUCAUCCUCCCUCUCACUCAUAUGUUUCAUGGGUCUCUUUUCUCCUACCAUGCCACAAGGCUAACAACUGUUAGAUCCUCUCAAUCUCAGCUGUCUUUAUCUGGUGUGGCCGAGCGAGUUUAAUGUAAUUAAGAGCAAAUUCCAUGUGCGAGAGUAGCGAAAAAUAAUGUCUUAGGUUGAUGAUGUAUCUGUCUUACAGGCAAAGAAGUGGAGGGUUGUUAUUUAAGAGAAGAGAGGUAGGUGGUCCGCCUGUAAACUGGAAGGAGUAGUUAACAGUCAACUGCUGCAAGAUCAGAGGAACAGGAGUCUCAUUUAAUCUUCUGUGCUUUCACCUCAGCCAUGCCCCCUUCUCCCUCUCAUCUCGUAGAGGCACCAGCCUCAACCUUCCAAGCCAAGGAGACCAGACCAUUGCAUCUCACGUUACGGUUCUAAUGCGAGGAGAAACGGAAGGGGAGGGGUGGAGAGAGAUUAGAGGACAGGGAAGACGUAAGCAGAGGAAACGAUGGGUGCAACCCUUCUCUUGCCGACACCAUCAUCCCAUUCCAGAAAUGCCCCCCUGCAGCCCAGAGAGAGAGAGAGAGAGAGAGAGAGAGAGUUGGCAUUCUCUCCUGUUUCCAAUUGGCAUGGGACUCAUUGGGUUUUGUCCUGGUCAGACCUUCCACAUGGACGGUGUAACAGGCGAAGGAACCUCCCCCUUCCUCCUCCCCCUGUUCUCUCUCUCUCUCUCUCUCUUCCUCUCCAUCCACCUUUAUUUCUCCAGUUUCACAAUAUGUCUCUGUUCCCAUCUGUUUUCUUUAUGACCUCUUCUUGGUGAAUAGGCCUGUUUCCGUUCUGGGUGUUGCCUUGUAACCCCAUCUGUUUUCAUCUGUCGAUGGAGGUGAGAAUGAUGAAGAAGACGAGAAAGGUUCGCAAGGAACCAUCGCCAUCUGCUACUUGUUCCCCCUUCAGGGAUGAUGUCAGGCAAAGAUUCAAAUACCAAUCCCUCCUGCAAGAUCAUAUGGAGUUGCUCGAGGAAACUGAAGCAAAGAAGAAGAAACUGCAGGAGGCAAGACAAAAAAAACUGCAGCUCUUGACUGAAGUCAGGUUCUUGCGAAGAAAACAAGAGUCAUUAUCAGAAUAUCCAUCUCAGGAAAUCCCAUUUAGAAUAAAGAAGCAAUCUCGUCCAACGGCAUCCCCAUCAGUUUGUAUUUCGCAAUCAGUGAAUUUGCCUCUUCCAAAUGGAGUAUCUACUAGAGGAAAGAAAUACAAAGUAUUGGAAGCAGCAAAUGCAAGGAAAGUGUCUUCUCAAGAUAAGAGCGACCGAGUAAAGGAAGCUGCAAAUACAAGCAAUUGCGCUUCUCCACUGAUAAAUCUGAAUCAGGUCUCUUUAAUGAAACAGAGAAGUUUCAGUUGGAGAAAGAUUUCCUGAAAAUGGUGAAAUUGUAUAGACAUUAAAUGAAUGAAGGAGGCAAAAUGAUAUUGAGUUAGCAAUUUGUAGAGACAUCGAGAGGAACUCAAACAGGGGUUGGUCAGGGCAAAAUUUUAUAGCAAGAUCGUGUAGCUUUGAAGUCUUAUGCAUUUUCAUGGGUGAGAAAGGUGGUGAAGGAUGCACUGUCAUAGGACUUACCUAUCGACAAGCAGCGGUCGUGUAUAUUUGCUUCUAAAUGUAAGAUGCUGGAGCCAAGACAGGCUGAUAAGAUGCUUCUCUCAGUUCAGUAGAUAACAAUCUGAUCACAGAUGCCGUAUGGGGGACGGGAACUUUUGACAUGAGGAAUGCACCUUCUGGUUUACUGUUGUUUCUUGGUCAUCUUUCUUCAAGAUGCUUGAAGAAACCCAUAUCAAGAAUUGGUCCUCUCUUCGCGUGAUGGAAAUCGAGGAUUUGUCAUGUUCAAUACCAAGUUGUGCCGCUCUUCAUAUUCUACUAAAAUGUAUCAGAGAAGAAGAUGGACGGGUCCAAAUUGAUGAAAUAACUGAUUCAUUAACUUUAUAAAUCUAAGCCACCGAUCGUAGAAAGCUAAUCUAACCUUAUAAAUCAAAUUCAAAUUGAUUUGUAAAAGUUUUUCAUGGGCUCUGAACUUUGCAAUUACAUUGUAACUUGUCAUUUUUCUCAUGACUUGUGCUACAGAUAGUUGGGUUUUCCCAGGAAUCAUAUUUAGAUUAAUCUCUUAUUUGCAUGAGUAA